CACGUGACGUACCAUAUGACCACCAUCAUACAUCAACAAGAUGGCAACCAAAGACAGAUUGAACAUUUUCCCGUCUCGGAUGGCCCUGACCAACAUGAAGGCUCGUCUGAAGGGAGCACAGAAAGGCCACAGUCUGCUGAAGAAAAAAGCUGACGCCCUCACACUGAGGUUCAGGGCCAUCCUCAAGAAGAUUAUCGAGACCAAGAUGUUGAUGGGAGAUGUGAUGAAAGAGGCUGCCUUCUCUCUGGCUGAGGCCAAGUUCACAACAGGAGACUUCAACCAUAUUGUCCUGCAAAACGUCAACAAAGCUCAGAUCAAAGUGAAAAACAAGAAGGAGAAUGUGGCCGGUGUGACUCUACCUAGCUUCGAGCACUACCAGGAUGGGGCUGACUCAUAUGAGUUGACGGGUCUGUCUCGUGGUGGCCAACAGAUCGACAAGUUAAAGAAGAACUACGCUCGUGCUAUUCAGCUGUUGGUGGAGCUAGCCUCCCUACAGACGUGUUUCGUCACCUUAGAUGAAGUCAUCAAAAUUACCAAUAGAAGAGUCAAUGCUAUUGAACAUGUUAUCAUUCCACGAAUUGAGAAAACUAUAUCAUACAUCACAACUGAAUUAGACGAACGUGAGAGAGAAGAGUUCUACAGACUGAAGAAGAUCCAGGAGAAGAAGAAGAAGUUGAAGAUAGCUGCUGCAGAGCUUCAGGCCAAGCGGAAGAAGGAGAUCGGGCUGGAGAACCAGCAGGCAGCUGAUCUGCUGGCAGAUGACCAUGAUGAAGAUCUGCUGUUCACCGACUAGUCCCUGCUAUAGUUGCUGUAUGUUAACGAGGAACAUGUUCGGGUAGGGAUGAGUACCACUUGUUUGGAAUGGAAGGUCAUUGAUUUACGAAUGUUACUGCUACUUUUUGUUACUAACUUUUGUUUUGGUUUUUAACUACAUGGCAUUUUAGUCAUAUACAGUCCAUGUAAAUUGGAAAUUCUGAACUGCUGUAAGAUCUAAAUGUAUUAUGAAAUUAAAGGGCGAUAUUUGCAGUAUUUAAAUGUUCUGUUUGACCAAAGUGUUGUUGAACAGUUUGUAAUUUUGGAUUCCAUAAACGAUAUUUGAUUAACAUUCGAACCAGUGAGAACAAAGUGAAAAUGUAAUGGCUUUGAAUUCAGAAGUUAUAACUUUUUCUGGUGAAGGAAACAAGAUAUUGGAAAUAGUUCUUGUCAGAUGUAGGAAUUUUGAACUGUGAUUUUCAUAUUGCUUGAGAUGACAUUAUCCAUCAGUAAAAUAAACUGUGAUAAAAUGACUAUAUAAUCUUGUUUUUCACAGAAACUUUACUGAAUUAUGUUUGAGAAUGUUCCCAGUAAAUUUAUUUAAAUGUUAAGAGUAACUUCAGGUUUACUUGUUUAUAUUUCUUUAUUGUCAAGUUUGUGUUUUCAAUGUACUUACGUAAACUAACGAUACUGAUCUAGUCAGGGUCAUCCGACAGCAGUAAUUUCAGUGUAAAUUUCUGUUAAAUAGGUGUUAAGUCUGUUGCCUAAAAAACAAUCUCAGAGUUAAAACUUGUUCUGUCCUUGUUCUAUAAAGAUGGAGUGAAUGAAUGAAAGAUGCUUGUGACAUAUCCAUGAUGGCAGUAUGAGGUUUAUGUUAUCAUUGUAGCUAUAGCAUGUAUAUUACUAUUAGCACAGCACACAGUGUAUUUAUGUAACCAUGGUAACUGUAAACAUGUCUGUAUAUGCCGGAGUGGAAUGAUUCUUGUCAACAUGGCUGUGAUGGUGGACAUUUUGUUGAUUUUGUACUGUGAAUAUGAUAUGUAUUGUAUAUCUGAGGAGUCAUUGCAACCUUGUUAACUACGGAGCUUCAUCUAAUAAAGACUAUCAGUCAUCUUUUUGGCGAUCAAAUUCUACGAUUGGCAACCAUGAAUUAUUCUUGUGUCAAAACAUUGAUGGCUACUAUGUUUUCUUGUGUGUAUUACGCAUGUUUCUUUAUUUGACAAAGUAUUUCCUGUUUCACAUUUGUUGAGACUGCGAUUAUCAUGUCGCGCCGUCAUAAACAUCGGAAACAGCAAAUAUAUGUUAGAGGCAGAAUCAUUAUUAACAUCUGUUCUAAUAUCUACAUUCCGGCUUGUCUCAUGCCAUGGGGCUCUAGGUAUUUGUGAUAGUCCACAAAACUCCAAGAUAACAAGGUUUCACUGUAAAAUAUGCUGUCGAUAGAUUGAACAACAUGCAGCUUCACACCAGAAAGUUUAAAAAUUAUGGAUUCAAUUUUAUGUAUAACCAGGGGUAGGUAGUAAGUUUUGGUUGAAGGUGUGUAGGUUAAUAUGGUGAUAAAAUGUCCUCAGUGAUUCUUAAAGGAUGGCCAGAGUAUUCACCAAUACUUGAAGCAUCCUUGCCAAAUCAGAUUGCAACUGAUCAAUCAUGUCGCUCAGUUUCCUGUGGGCGUUUAGAGAUUGUAAUCUAAAUCUGGGGUUGUAAGUCAGUGCAACAUGGAUGUUUAUGUGUUAUGUCUGCACCACCAAGGUACAGAUAUAAAGACUAUGCUGAAAGUCAGUCAUCCAUAGUGUACAGAUGGUUCUGUAGGGUCUUCCUCAUUCAAGCACUUCUAAUCCCAAUCUCAGUGUCAUAGUGUUUUGUAAUGAUCAUUUGCCCAUGUAGCAAUCUUUUGGGACGGUAUUGAAAGACUGAUUUGUCAAUGUUGACUUGUCCAUUGAGAGAUCUGUUAAGUAUUUGUUAUUUUAUAAUAUUUGUUUCAUCUUGAUGUGCUUCUCUGUGUCCUAGCAACAGGCCAUGUUGGGAGCAGGUAUGGAGCUAGUGAUGCUAGUUAUAAAGGCAUGGACUUUAUAGAGGAUGUAGUCAGCAUGAUUCAAGCCCGAUGAUCAACCAGAAAUAAAUCAACUAUGAUACAAUCAAA